CUUCAGCAUGCGCGUGGUGUGUGUGUGCGCGCGUGUGUAUGUGUGCAUGAGUGUGUGAACCAAAGAAGGGUGCUGUUUUCUAGCAUGCAUGCAUGUCUGUGUUUGUGUGUGUGUGUCUGUACGCCUCUACCUUAUUUUGAAUGCACGCCCGAAAGGGAGAGAGUCAUGUGUGUAGAAUGUGUCAGAGGGGGUGAAAUCAAACGGUCUGCAUGAAAUCUGUGUGACUCAAACACAGUGUUCUCUGUGUCCAGCGAGAGGGAAGGAGAGACAGAACCUAGGAGAAUGAGGCAAGGACAAUCACAUUUAGCCAGCGUCUCAGGAAAUAGAACUAGAAAACCGUCAGGCCCCUGCAACGUUCCCUGCUCUGAAAACGAGUCUUUAAAUGCACAAGCUCAGUGCUGACAGCAGAUUGCUUGGAUUGGAACUCCCUCCCUGUUCACACACACACACGGACACACAAACAUACACACGUGCAUACAGAGACUUCCCUGUUCCGUUUCUGCUGAGAGCACAGAUUGAAUAACUGAAAAGGGUUUUCUUCAGUAGCCCAGUAUGAACUCCAGACUCAACGCCCUCCUUACUUUCUGCACUCUAAUGGACGUAGAACUUGUUUGGUGAAAUAAAAACACCAACACAUUGAAACAGGAAUUGAAAUAGUGUUUUUGUGAAGAGGAGGAAAGUGUGUGACUGGUCAUUUCAGACUGAACAAGUCAACAGGAGCUCUACACCAGCGGAGGAGACCAUGACUUCACAUGGAAAACUGAGAAAGGAAAAGGGGAGUCUGGCGGAGUAUGAGACUCAAAUCAAAGAGGUGCGUGGUCAGCUCUCAGAGCAGCUUAAGAUCCUAGACGCGCAGCUGGAGGUCAAGACACAACAGCUGCAGGAUAUGAGCGAGUACCUGCGCAGACGAGGAGAGAUUGAGGCUGAAUAUGCCCGAUCUCUGGAGAAACUGAGUGAGAAGUUCACAGUGAAGACCAAGAGAAAGGAGCAGUUGGACCUGUCGGUGGCUCAGUGCUGGUCUGUUCUUCUGACCCAAACCAGGCAGGAGAGCCGAGAUCACAGUUCACUCAGUGAGCUCUGUGGCAACACACUCACGCAGCGCCUCUCACACUGCAUAGAGGACACACACCGCCUGGCAAAGCGGAGCAAGGAGGUUGGACUCCAGAUGCAGGAUGAGCUUUUGAAAAUCACCACAGAGCUGCAGACGGCUUUGAAAACUUAUCAUCAAUACCACAUCGACUGUCUGGCUGCAGAAGGCAAGCUCAAAGAAGCCACGCGACUAGAAGAGAAGCAGACGGGCAAGUCAGCUGAUCUCGGCCUCAGCCAAUCAGGAGGGCAAAGACGCAGUUCUGUCAAAAAAAUGGAGAGACUGAUGGAGAAGAGACAAGGCAAAGUACAGGAAACCCAGCUGAAGUGCACUAAAGCUCGCAACGACUACUUGCUCAACUUGGCAGCAGCUAAUGCCUCCAUGAAUAAAUACUAUCUGCAGGACAUUUGCACGCUGAUUGAUUGCACAGAUCUGGGGUACCACCUGUCUGUGACGCGGGUUAUACGCGGAUACCUCUCAUACAAAAACCGAAUCGUCCAGAAUAUGAAGAAUGGCCUUCAGCAGCUGGACACUGCGGUGACUGGACUCAACCAGGGUCAGGAUAGAGACUCUCUGCUGCAGGCCCACAACAUCGCUUUCUGCCUGCCCUUCCGCUUUCAGUACCAGCCCCAUGAAGGAGAUCAGGUGUGUGAGGUGAGCGCUGAAGGCCAGGUGAGAUAUGAGCUCGAUACCAGGUUCCAGCAGCUGCAGUCCAGACUGGCAUCUGUUACCCUCGAAACUGAUGAGGUCAGCAAGACCCUUAAAGCAACCCACUCAAACCUGCUGGAGAGCGUCUGUGAUGACGACUGCAACCCCGCUCCAGAUGCCUCCAGUACCCCGUCAGUGGAGGGCACUGCGGACGGCACAGGAACAAAGCCCAGUCUCGCCAAACGUAGAGCCAAUCAGCAGGACACCGAGACUUUCUACUUCACGAAAGUGAAGGAGCAUGUAAGUGGCAGCUCUCUGAUCUCGAAACUCCAAGCCAAGCAUGACCUACUUAAAGAGGCCAUACAGAAAGCUGAGGCCAUUGAUAGCGACCCCUCCAGAAUGCAGCCUGGUAGGGCAGUGCGUGUGCGGAAAGCCAGGCCCUGCUCCCAGUACAACCACAAACUCUUCUCUGGAGACAUGCUCUCCUUCAUUCAGAGCUCAGGGCAGCAGAUCCCCCUGGUGGUUGAAAGCUGCAUUCGCUUCAUCAACCUGCAUGGUCUUCAUCAUGAAGGCAUUUUUAGGGUUCCUGGAUCACAGACUGAAGUUAAUCAUAUCAGGGAUGCUUUUGAAAGAGGCGAAGACCCACUCACUGACAGCGAGAGUGACAUUGAUUCAGUGGCGGGGGUCCUGAAGCUCUAUUUCAGAGGACUGGAGAAACCUCUGUUCCCUGAGGAGAGCUUUAGCCAGCUCAUGGAGUGUGUCCAAAUGGAAAACAUGACCGAAAAAGUAGCGCAGAUAAAGUCAGUAGUGUCGUCCUAUCCCAGACCUGUCAUCAUAGUGAUGCGGUAUCUCUUCGCCUUCCUUCAUCACGUCUCUCAGUACAGUGAUGAGAACAUGAUGCAGCCGUAUAAUCUGGCUGUCUGCUUCGGGCCCAGUCUGCUCCGAGGCGUAGAGAUGGGUGGUGACGAGGUGACCCUGGCUCCUCAGAUCAAUGAGCUGGUCAAAACCAUGAUCCUUCAUCAUGAGAACAUCUUCCCAGGACCUUCUGAACUUCCAGGCCCCGUUUAUGAGAAGUGCAUGACUUUGGAGCAGGAGUACUGUGAACCCAUCACAGAGGAGGGCGAAGGAGACCCUGAACAUCUUCCCAGUGAAGAUGAGUGGGAGGCUGUGGCCAUGUUUGAUUAUGUUGCACGCUCUGCAGCCGAGCUGUCAUUCAAGCAGGGUGAGCACCUCCUACUGCACAGCAAGGCCUCAGCUGAUUGGUGGAGAGGGGAAGUGGGAGGAAUGAAAGGCUUGAUCCCCCAUAAGUACAUCAGUGUGGUAGAAGGGAUGGAGCGUAAGGACCGGGGAAAGAAGGAGGACAGUAGAGGGGGAAGCACAGGAAACCUAGCAGAGGAGCAGCAGCAACAGUCUGAACACAGCACUCGUAUGCGAGUGAACAGCGACAGCGCAUCUUUGCCCGGCCGGCAGAGGACCGGCAGUGGAAGCAGCGGCAGCAUUGGUGGAGGAAACAGUGGGAAUAUGAGCCCUGUACGAAAGCUCACCCUGCAGGUGCCUGAGGGACGGCUCAUGCUUCCUCCUCAGACCACUGCAGUCGCACGCCAAUUCUCAGGUCAUCAGGAGCGCAGACACACUUUAGACUCUCUGAGGCCAGUAGGAGCUCCAGACAGACAGACAGUACAUAUCGACAAGGAGGUCAGUCGUCAGAUGAACUCCGUGUUUAAGGAGCUGUUGUCUCGUCAGCCUCCUCAAGAGGCCUUGGGUUCGAGCGCUUCUCCAUCCUCUCCUCCUGCUUCUGUCCCAUCCAUCCCAUCGGUCUCCUCUGCUGCUGCUCGACCUCCGGUGAAGAAGGGAGGCUUUGGCCUGCGCAGCAGAGGCCUCUUCAAACCCCAGGACCAACAGGACUGAAGGAGUGUUGUGGGAACGGCACGCUCAUCACAGAUAUGAAUCUAUUUUUCCAGACAUACAAUAUAUUUGUCUCUUUUUGCGCCUUAUUGACCGAUGGAUUUCUGUUGACAGUGACUGAUUUCGGUUUUGUUUCGCGUGAGACCAAGUCGUUGAUCCUAUUAUCGGUUGUGUUUGUGUUUUAGCUUUGACAGUUAUUCAGGUCCUCAAGUCGAGAUUCUUCCCAUCGCAGUGAUGUCCAACGUGUCUGUCGUUUUUUGACUGUAGUGUGUAGACCCUGUUUUAAUAUCUGCCGAUGAUGUACUGGAAGACAAAGUGUCGAGUCCCACAAAAGCUCAGAUGAUUCUGAUCGACAAGUGAAUUGUGGGAAUGAUGUCCGUGACAGACAGAGUCCACAUUAUUGUUUUAGAUCUAGACGUGUCACCCUGAAUGUAGCAAGUGAUUCAUGAAGGCCGACAUCACACUCACUCUGAUUUCUACUUCAUUUGGAGUUUUAAACAGUUAGUUCACCACAAAAUUCUGUCCUUGUGUGCUCACCUACCUCAUUCAUCUUCAGAAAACACAUGAAGGUUUUUUUUAGUAAGAUCUCAGAGAUUUCUGAUUCUCUGUUUAAGUUGUUCACCCAAAGGAAUAAAAAAUAAACCCAUUUAAAUCAAGCAUUUUAAUCCCAGGCUUUUUAAGACAAGACAACCGCUUUAUAUGAAGAACAGAUUUAUGCAAGGAAUUUAUUUAUAAAUAAACAUUGAUCCGUUACGAUGUAUACAGGAAUUAGAAGUCAUUGAAGCUUAAGUGUGCUUGCUUGAACUGUGACAGCCAAUGACUGUGCCACAUAGCAGUUUUGAACUUCUGCAAGAUCCAAUGAAGUUUGUUCUUGCAUCACACUCGUUUUAAUUAUCCACAACAGCCAAUGAGGUUCAGUACUGUGUGCCACACCCCUUUGAUCUUCCAUAACAACCAAUAAGGUUUGUUCUUGCUUGUUCACAUGGCACAUUUCAGCUUCCUCAAGGACCAAUAAGGUCUGAGCUUGCAUGUUCUGUUUAUGUUGACUGAUCAAUGUUAAUAUGUGCUAUAUUUGGUUUCUUUCUGAAGAUUUGACUCAAGAAUAUUUCUUUUUAUAUCUGUUUACAAACAUUUUGAGGCGUUUUGAAUGAACGAACUUAAUAAAAGGACAGAAUUCUCUCAGAUCAGAUAUCUGCAUUUGUGUUUUGAAGAUGAACCAUUUUUAUUAACAUGAGGAUGAGAAAUUGAUGACAGAAUUUAGCAUUUAUUUGCUGAACUAACCUAUAAAUGCUCCUUGUUUUUCAUUUUAGAUAUUUUGCCUAGCUAAUGUAGUUCAAGCUACAACACAAUGAAUAAUAAAUUGCUCUAGUUUUUCAUUUUUUAGAUUACUUUUUUGGUAUAAUUUGCUAUUUAAUGUUGUUUUUUUACUUUUUAAUUGAAUUAUUUUCCAACUCUUUGCUUAACAUUGGAUUGUUCUUUUUAAAAGCAUUCAGUCUGAAAGGAACCAGCACACAUGCAUGCAAACACUGAUGCGGAUGGUUGGUCUCGCGUGGGAACAGGUGGAGCGGCCAAAAUAAGCACAGCUCAGUGGCCAUUUUUACCCCUCUGGCUCCAUUUUCUCUACAUACAAAAACUGUAAAGACAACUGUGAAGAUAAGUGCCACUCGGAGCAGCUCAGGAACUGUCCAACACAGAAGCCAGAGAACUGACGGCAGAAACGAUCAAACUGUGAAUCUGCACAUAGUCGCAGGAAGUACUAUAGCUCUCACUUCCUCUUCGCUGCACAUAAACGCCUCGUUCACUGGUGUCCCUCGACCUCCACCCGUCCCUUAUUCAGAUUCCUUAGCAGUGUGUGUCUCUGGUAGAUCAUGUCAUUGAUGUGUGGAUUUCAAUAUUAUCCAAAUAAAUUAUAUUCUGAAAUAC